AUGCGAGUGCACUCUUUGCCCCACUUAACUGUGCUUAGCCUAUCCGGUUGCAGUAAACUUACCGACGACGGCGUUGAAUUGAUUGCUGAGAAUCUACAAAAGUUACGUGCCCUCGAUUUGUCUUGGUGUCCGCGCAUCACUGACGCAUCGCUGGAGUACAUCGCCUGUGAUCUGAAUCAGUUGGAGGAGCUGACGUUGGAUAGGUGCGUACACAUCACCGACAUCGGUGUCGGCUACAUCUCUACAAUGCUCUCACUAACCGCACUUUUUCUGCGUUGGUGUUCACAAGUACGUGAUUUCGGACUGCAACAUUUAUGCUCAAUGCGUAACCUACAAGUACUCUCACUUGCCGGCUGUCCACUACUCACCUCCUCGGGUUUGUCAAGCCUAAUACAACUACGUCAUUUGCAGGAACUCGAACUGACCAAUUGUCCGGGAGCAUCGCAUGAAUUGUUCGAUUAUUUGAAAGAACAUUUGCCACGUUGCUUAAUUAUUGAAUAA